CCUCUUUGGUUGAGUGUGGUGCGAAGCGGCAGCAGUGGUAGCUGGGCCCUCCCUCUCUCCCUGCAGAUAAGUAUUCGCAGCCCGCUAUCCCAGGCAUGGAUGUCGGUUGCAGCGAGACAUGGCAGUGCGACAUUAUACUCUCGACAUUAAUCUCUCUACGCCAGUCGACUCGGCCUCUGUAGUGCCUGGUCUGCUGUCCAUAUUUCAUGAGCAGGAGCUGUCGGAGACCAUCCAUGACACAAAUGGGCAUGGAUAUCUAGCUACAUUUGUUGGCAAGAAUGGGCGGCUCGUUGUUCUGCGUGUGCACUCCCACGGGCUGCUCACCAUCGAUCUGCAGUGUCACGAAGAUGAUGACAUUGCACAGCUAGACAAUCUUUUAAAUGCACUGGAAAAGAAGUUAAAAGUUCUGUUAAAUGGAAAUAUUACAAGGAUUAAAAGGCUUCCAGCUUUAGUACGAGGAGCAAAAGUUGACCGAUACUGGCCCACAGCUGAUGGCAGGCUGGUGGAGUACGACGUUGAUGAAGUGGUUUACGAAGAAGAUUCUGCAUACCAAAACAUAAAGAUAUUGCACUCACGGCAGUAUGGAAAUAUCCUAGUCCUUGAUGGAGAUGUCAACCUGGCAGAAAGUGAUUUGGCGUACACACAAGCCAUCACAGGUAAUGGGAGAGAGAAUUAUGCAGGGAAGGAGGUGCUGAUAUUAGGAGGAGGAGAUGGAGGCAUCCUCGCUGAGUUGGUCAAACAAAAGCCAAAGAUGGUCACCAUGGUGGAGAUUGACCAGAAGGUGAUCGAUGGGUGCAAGAUGUACAUGAGGAGGACUUGUGGCAAUACCCUGGACACCCUGAGGGGCGAUUGUUACCAAAUUCUGAUUGAGGACUGUGUCCCCUUACUGAAGAAGUAUGUCCAGGAAGGAAGAACAUUUGAUUAUGUAAUUAAUGACCUCACUGCAAUCCCAAUAUCUACUUCACCAGAAGAAGACUCUAUGUGGGAAUUUCUACGUCUCAUCUUGGAUCUGUCAGUGCGCGUCCUGCACCCCAAGGGGAAAUACUUUACACAGGGUAACAGCGUGAAUCUGAAAGAGGCGCUGAGUCUAUAUGAAGAACAGCUGGGAAAGCUCUCAUGUCCUGUAGAUUUCCAAAAAGAAGUGGUGUGUGUACCCUCCUACCUGGAGCAAUGGGUUUUCUACACUGCGUGGAAGAAGUGAAGACUUUCGGUUUUCUGAGAUUCCGAGCAGCUGGAAUGUGAACGUUUGGAUUCCCUUCUGCUCUUCACGUAGGCUUGAAUGUGUGGUCUGACUGAACAUGAUAUGAACACAGAAGGCUUGGAAAACGAUUAUUAAAUAGUUACUGACUUGUUUGUUACACCAACCAUUAAUGUAGAUCUUAAAGUGUAUGUGUUAAUAACUGCCAACGUGCCGAGGGACUGCUUCUCGGGUGACACAUUGAUUAGAUCCAACUUUCAGGGUCUUCUUGGAUAUAAACGGAAGAUCCAGUUUACUCUUAAUUGAUUGAAAACAUCAUUGCUGUGUGUGUUUAUUUUCUUGUUGAUACAAUGAGUUUCGUCAGAGUCUGAAGGAAUUAGGCUGUUUGAGGUCGAGACCUCAUCUUGAUGCUCUGUUCUUAAGCUUGAUCAUCCCGGUGAAGUAAAACACGGCGGGAAUAGGCAGACCUCAGUGUGUCCAUUGCGAAUGCAGCAAACGUCUGUUUUGUGAUUGUGAAACACUCCACCCUAUUUUAAGCCAGUUAAUGUGAAAAGGAACAUGCAAAGGUUGCUGUAAAUUCAGUUUGAUCUUAUUUGAAGGUGCAUAUGAAUAAUAUUUUUAUCAAUGCCAUUGAAUCCUUCUCCUGCUCCUUAGGUUUUGUUUCAUCACUGUUUGCUGCAACUAUUUUUGUGUUAUUAGAUUUAACCUUGACUUGCAUGUCUUCUGAAGAAACUUUUACAAUUUAUAAACACUGAUCUGGUACACUGUCAAUGUGGUAACUUUGCCCACCAUAUGCGUGUACUCUUAUUUUAAACUUUGAGUUGUGAACCUGAUGUAAGUUUUUCUUUUUUCUCUCUCUCCUUUUGUUUCUGCCACUGAAAUACGAUGCAGCUCUUUCAGUCUGUAUCAAGGCAGUGUGGUUCAUCCCCAAUGAGUGCUAAUAGUGUUGUAGUCCAGGUGUGUUUUUAAAAGGGAAAUUAUUCCUCAUUGUUGCCAUCUUUGUGCAUGUGCUGGUUUUCAUGUUCUCUUUUUAGCACCUUUGAUUUCUCCUGAUUAAGUAUAUUGGGUGCAUGCUGAGGACUGUGAAUGUAGCUUACAUAGAUAUACAGUACACAGCACAUUAGAUGGCCCCUCUGGGACAUUUAUUUAUUCAAACAAUCUCACCAAAUGCUGUUCUGAAACUGUUUGACCAUCUACAAUUAGAGUUUUGAGGGAAUUUUUUUUUUUUUUUUUCUCCUAAAGUGUCAUAUUUAUAGCAAAUGCCAAAUGUUUGGAGCUGUAGAGUAAAUGUUUCAGCACACAUUGCAUUGUAACAACUGGAUGCUUCACUGCUUGCACUUAUGUAAAGAAAUGCUGAAAUAAACAUAAAACAUGGAUAUAAUAA